CUUGUACAUUUUCGGAAAAUGUACACUAUCUCACAAAAAACAAAACGCCUACCAGCAGUUAAGCCUUGAAGCGCAGGUGCUGGCCAUUUAGCAGGUUUUCAAAGAAACAGUGCAAUAAUGAAUAGAAGAAAAAAGCUAAAAGCAGGUUAUAAACCUGCUGCAGUUGGAGCUUCAGUAGACACAGAGGCUGUAAAUAGCAGACUAGAUAAAGACUGGCUCUCUGUUCUCUCGCUAGAAAUUCUCUGUCUUAUUUUAGAUUUUCUGCCGUUAAAGGAUGUGAUGAAAAUGGACCACAAAUCUAAAAAACUUAAUGAAGCUGUGUCACUUCACUUACGAGUUAGGAAAAAAGUUGAUUUUACAGAGGAGGAGGUUUUUGGCUGGAUGUCUGACAAAGUAACGGAUAAAAUUCUUAGCAAUCUGUUAAGCCGCUGUCGAGAUUUAGAAUAUAUUCAGGGACUGCAUGUGCCAUAUGUAGCUAAACGUCGUACUAGAGGAUUGGAUACUCUCAGUGUUCCAGGAAUCACAGAAGCAUUGGCUUUAUGUAAAAAUCUCAAAGGAGUUGAAAUUUCUGACAUAUUCCUUCUAGAGGCCAUUUUGGCCUAUCUACCAGAGGUUGAAAUUCUUGGAACUUUCAAGAAUAGGAUAGGAAACUUUCCAUUUGAUGAUGUAAAUAAACUGAAGUUAUCCGAAAACCCAAGAAUAACAUCCCUUCACUUGAUUGGUGUGUGUAUUCCGGAGUUGCCUCCACUUAUGUUCUUGAAGCAUCUGCAGUUGCGAUGGGUACACUUGUCAGGCCCUCAUCCUUUUAUGGACUUUGCUGCUCCUCAGUUGCAGACCUUUGUCAUGGCUCACUGUGGAGGUCCAGCCAACUCUAAUCCUCUCAAAUAUGUACGGAUGAUUGCUUCUCUUGCCACAUCACAGAGUCUGAAAAGACUGGAACUUAUACGAGUUCCAAUCUUAGGAGGACUCAUCCAACAUGUUGUAGAAGACAGCUGGAGGAUUGAAGGCUUUAAGAAAAUCAAUCACCUCAAGUUUGGGGCAUGUAAAUUCAUCUUGGAGAUGGAUGUUGGUUACUUAGUCAUCACAGCUGCUCCAAAUAUGGAGGAACUGUGCCUGCAGCCGUCACUAACCAAGGACAGUCUGUUUAUAUCACUUCGUCUGGCAGAUGUAUCUUUUAAGUUCCUCCAAACUCUACAUCUGGGUUUUGUUGAUGCUUUUCCAGAGCCAGGCCAAUGGACAAAUGAGGACUUGGCUGCUGAAGAUUUGUCUGAUGUAGUGGAACACCCUGCCAUGGUGACAGAUGUUGGGAUGAAAGCUGUUGGGCAGUGUUUUCCUGAACUCAAACAUGUACAGAUCUACAAUUGUCCUCACAUACACAAGCCUACAGCUUGGCUUAUAGCUGGGGCACAGACAUGGCUACAUCUGAGGGAACUCUAUUUACGACGAUGCCAUGCCAUACGACUGAACGACUUCUGUCAGUUUAUAGAGCAACUUCCCAACUUGGAGCUACUUCAUCUUGAACAUAUGUUCCGUGAACCACCCAAGGGUUGUUCCAGAGUUGGACUGAGUGCUGGCACUGGUUUAGGGAUGUCCUCUGCCUUUGUUGGUAACCAGCCAGGACCAAACAUCUCCAAUGCUGUUGAUGAAAGUGAUGAUUCGGACAAUGACAAUAACAAUAAUGAGCUGGUUCAUCAGGAAUUAGAUGAAACAUUGGAUGACCAAGGAGACUUUGAACAUGUACCAGCCAAUCAAAACAGCCCAAUUGAACCAUCUGAGGAACAGCACAGUGGGUUAUCUAAUCAAACUUCUAAAGAUGAUACAUGUACUUUGACCAGUCAACAGUCUGAAAAGCCGUGUAAUGAUCAUAGUCAGACAACAAGCAAGUCAGAAGGCUGUAAAAGUGCACAUCAAACAGAAAGAUCAGAAGGAACUGUGUCCAUCCAAACAAAUACUAUAGAACCUUCAGAGGCAGCGGAAGUGUUACCUCCCUUGGGUAAGACAGACAAGCCUGUUAAGGAAAUAACAUCACAUGAGCAAUCAUCUUCAUCGCAACUGUUGUCAGGAGGAAGUACUGAUACUGAUGACGUGAGAUCACCAUUUUCAUCCUGCUCAUUACCGCAGGAUUUAUCAUCAUCCAAUCAGAAAUCAGACGCUAGUGGAAUCUCUUAUGACCAGAUAUUUGUUUGUAAAGACGAUGAAUCAUGUUCGCAAGAACAAACGAUAUUUAAUGUUUCUGGAGAUUCUAGGAGCACACAGCUAACCUGUGAUAAUUCUUACACUGAGAACCAUAUCGACGAGGCCAUGAGUAGAAUGAAGGCAGAACAUGAGAUAGAGUUAGAGGAAAACAAGUUGGAGGUGGUUGAUGAGGAUGAUGCAUUUCUUCUGCAUGGUGAGGAUAUGGCUGACGACACUUGGUCUGAUGAUGACCAGAGUUCAGAUAGUCACGACUCGUGUAUUAAUACAGAGGACAACAGUAAAAGCACAGCUAAUGCUGAUUAUGACAAACCAAAUUCAGAUGUCCCUGCUCUGACAGAUAAACACGAAAAUUUACAAAAUUGUCUUUCUGAAAAAGAAUGUGAUAUUAGUGAGCGAAACAACAUAAACACAACAGAAACAAUUUUAGAGAGGACUUGCCUUGAUAGUACUGGACAACACACAGAUAGUGUGAUCUGUCCUUCAGUUAGCCAUUGUCAGACUUAUAGUAAAACUCAAGUACAAAAUCAUAUGGAUUGUAAAAGUGAAGGUCAGUCUGAAAGUCUCCAUCAUAAUUACAUUGAUUCCAAAGGAGAAGGACAAGUUCAGACCGUUAAGAUAGAUCAAAGAAAAUCUCAGUGUAGAAAUGAUGGUCAAGGGCGACAUAUUGACCUAGUGAUGGACAGUGUUAACAAAAAUUGUAAUAUAACAACAGGGCCUUACAAAGAAACCACAAACAGUAUUUUGAUUUCAGACUUGAAAGAAAACAAAGAAAUAACUACAAAUGGUGAAGAACCGCAUUCUAGUCAAGACAAUUUAGUAAGUGAUGAUAGUAAAAGAAACAUUGAUAUUCAUGAAGAAAAACUUGAUGACAGAAAGAAUGUGGAUUUUGAUGGGUUAGAGGAGGAAGAAGAGGAAGCUUCUUCUAACGAAGGUGAACUUGAUGAAGAGACAGUUCUGAUUGUGAGAAGAGAAGAGCCCAGAGGUUACAAAGUCACAAGUGAAAAAGUCAACAGAGAAGAAAAAGUUAUUCAAGAGAACAAUAUAACAUUGUCAGGGGAAAUAACGGUGCGGUCCCAUUCAGGGGAAAUAAAUAUUGAUCCCACGCAGGGACAGAUGUCUGGUAUCCUGUCUAAUGUCGUCAUCAUGUUAGGAAUGACCAUGCACAGGCCUAAAGCUACAGGGACAAGGCAGCUGGGACGUGACAUUGUAGUCACUGUAAAUGGUUGCAGUACAUAUGUGGGGUCAGGGGAGAUUGAUGUGUCAGUUGAAAGCGGUAAAAAGAUGAUAUCUAUAUUACAGACUGACCUACCAGAUGGGCCGUGUGAGACACUUAAUGAUGUGUUACAUAGCUGUGGCUCACCAUCAAUUCUUCAUUUUAUCACAGAAGGAGAUUUACGGAGGAUUAGUGCGGAACAUAAACAAGCAAAUGGUGACAGAAGGACAGAAGCUGCGGCAGAGGCACAUUCAUCUGGUGUGAUAAACCAAGAAGAUAUUGGCCAUCAAGAAAGCAAUGAAGAUCAUUUGAAGACAUUGAGUGAAGCCUUGGUUGAUGACAAAGUGGAAAGGAAUCUGCAAGAUGAAGGAAAAGAAAUUGAAGGUGAUGAGGAAGGAUUAAUGUUUGAGGACGAAAAUACAAUUAACAGUUUCCAUAUGGAACAUCACACUGACAGAACAGAAGAUAGCAAUAUUAAAGAUAUUUCAAACAGAAAUAAUGUUUCCAGUACAUCACAGGAUUACAGUAGUGAUAUAACUGACAUAUCAAAGGCUCACGGUAAGGAUGUUAUCAGUAUACCAUGUGAAGCUGCAAACGAUAAUGUAAGUGCCCAGUUUGACGAUGUAAAAUCUGAAAAUUCAAAAAAAGAUAAUAAAUGUAAGGACCAAUCAAAGAAAAUGGUGCUAGGCGAGGGCGUCACCAGCACACCAGAUCAGGCCCAAAGUGAGGAUAUGAACACAAGUAACAGCUCAAUACAAGACCAGGAACAGAAGGAAGAAAUAAGAGGAAAGAAGAGCUUGGGACAAGAGCAGACAGCAGGCCAAGACAUGAUAAGUUGUGACUACCCAGUGAGAGGUGUACUGCAUACUUGCUCUGGUAUGGUUGUCCUACUCUCCCCCUGCUGUCAGAUGUAUGGUAACAUGAGAAUAAGAGAUGCGGAGGUCAGUCCUUCUAUACCAACAAGUGCUUUUGGUGCUUUUUGGUCAUGUACUGUUGAUGAUCCUGGCCCAUCUUCUGUGGUAGAUCCUAAGCUGGCUGUUACCAAGGUAGACAACUCCAUACAGCAGAGUCAGGACAAUGAUAAGGCAUGUCAGACUCAUACUACAGCUUCGCAGAGUGAUCCGUCAAAUCAGGUCAUCAGCUGCCUCUCCAUGGGGGGUCCAACAACCUACAAUUCAGGAGUUUCCACAAUCAGCAGCCCCAGCCGUCAAGUGGACAGUUAUGUGGAUGGUAAGAGGAUGAUUGACAAGUCCACUAGUACCAGUGACCCUGUGAUUGAAGAUGAUCACAUACAGGUAUUGGAAAUAAAGUCCAAGAGUCUGAUGUGUGUCUCAUUAAACAUGGUUGGAAUCACAGACCUAGUCCUCAACGACUGCCCAAAGCUCGGCCGCGUCACUGGUUGUGCAUGUCGAGUGUUGAAAAAAGUGAAAACGGAAUCUGCCCCAAACCUUCAGAAAAUGUCUUUUGCCCAAUGUAGGAAACUUGAUGAAGGAUUCUUAAUAGAACAGAUAACUUCCAUGUCAGCUGUCAAAAAUCGUGUAGUUUACCUCCGCCCCCUGCACAAAUUUGACAGAGCUAGUCUUGAGAAACGAUUAUUUGGAGGAAGUGAGGUGGACUAUGGACUGUGUGUGGUGUAUGACUAUAAUCCAUCGGCCCAAGACUCGAUGUACAACAGAACGAGAGUUGCUUCCUGGCCAAACCUCUUCAUUGGUAUAAACCUAGAGUUGCUGCAGUCCUAUAAUUUUAGACAGAGGGAUUGUACAAUAUCCUCCAAGAACCCACUGGACAGCAGCGUCUACACCAUGGCAGGAAAAAAUGAUAAUGGGUCGAGGUGGGAACUGAUAACAGACAUCCCAUGGCUUGGACCACUGUCAGAUUGUGCAGAUCUGUCUCUGAGCAAACUUUCAGCACAGGAUAAGAAAGUUGGUGUAUAUUGUCCAUCAGCUAAAGGUCAUUUUAGCGUGACAGAAUGCCUGGUCGACCUUCAGAACGAUAUUGCAGAGAAACAGGCUGCAGGAAUUGGUUUGGUAGCAUACUCUGUUAUUGUGUACAUAAAUAUGUGUGAUGUAUCUGGUGUACCAGUGUAUGACCCAUACAUAUAAAUCUCCGAGCCACAUUCCUCUUCCUAGAAGGAUAUGCUGACAUGGAUACCAGCCAUGCUGAUCGUGAACACAUGCUGAUGGACAUGUAUUCAUGACUUCAAACACAGCUUACUGUGUGUACAUAGACAGUAAUGUUGAUAGGAGGAAGGAAAUCUCAGGUCUACUGUAAAUACCAUUGAAGCCAUUGUUUGUUUAAUAACAUUAUGUUUUUGUGAUAAAUCUGCAUUAAACUGUUACAUUUCAGUGUUAUCUGGGGUCUAGUCAAAGUGACAGUUGUGUGCAGUUUUUUCUGUGAUGUUACAAUAUAUUCUGUCUAUCAUUGUCAAUACAUUAAAAAUACAUUAUCUUACACAAGAAAAUACCCGAUUAUGUAAUGUUAGUUACUUUUUCAGCUUUUUAGCACAAAUAAAUUAAUUUUCACAGUGAUUUGAACAAUUUCAUAUUUUUAUGUACAGUAGGUGGUGCUUUUGCUAAUGAAUGUGUUAGUUCUAACAUUUAUCAAAGCAUAAUUCAUAUUUGUAUACAUAUACAUUGUUUAACACUGAAGUUUACCCUAUGAAACUGCAGCUUAUAACUGUGAUAUUCCACAAAUAAAGUUAA